AUGAAAAGUGGAACAGAAGGUCUUUAUUCUUCUUCUUUCCUCAUUCUUCUGCAGGCAGAACUGGGAAAGCCUUUGAGAAACUGCUAUACCCUGCCAGGCUUGGACUUUUCAUACGGGCUGUACAUCGAAAGGACAGAUGGAGGAGUCCCUGAAGCAAUAGGCCACUGGAACACAGUAAAGCCCAGGAUGAGUUUAACUCAGAAUAUGCCCCGAGACUUCAUCACCAUGAACCGUGGUGCUCUGAAGGCUGGGUAUACCACAGCCCGGGAGUUUAACUUGUACUACAAGGCCAAGGACAUUCGGUGCAAAGACGACGAGUACAGUCGCUUUAGGAGAUCUCCUCCUCAUGUACCUCCAGACAGGACCUAUGGCAUCCCAGCACGGCCUUCCACUCCCCUGUUUGACCUCCUCCAACACAAAUACAAGGAGCUGUGGAUGGAACAGCAGAGAGCACGGACCGCAGCGCUCCGGCUGGAGAAAACAAAGACACGGAAGGACAAAGUGCGCGACACCCGCACCUCGCUUCUCCGAAAAAACCCAGUGCCUCCAAAGGAGGAGUCCUUUUGGCACCUGCCCCACCUGGAAAAGGUCGGGCCUCAUCUCAGUACUUUUCCAGACUCUGAUGCUCGUAAGAAGGCGUUCAGUUCCUCCCAUUGAGAAGUGCCUGGGAGAAACAGCUCCCUCCCCAGGGCAGCCAUACAUCGAGCUCAGGUCAGGACUCAGCCAGCAUGGAGUCCUGCAUCGGCCACAGACAUAGGAUUUCUCAGGAUUUGAAGAGUUACAUUCAUGCAGAUAUAGCCAAUAAAUCAAAUGUGGA